GUUCUCGACUUUCAAGCUACUAACCAUGCUAACCUACCUACUUGAUAAUGAUUUCUUCGCAACGUCAGCAAACAUCGGUUUCGUCGUAAAUGGUAUCGAAAUCUACCGAAGCGAUUGAUCUGUCUUUGCGCUAACCCUCUGCGCACCAUGGUCCGCCAAUUGCCUCGAAAGGCCAAGGCAAAGUCGUCCCCGGUGGAGCUAAGCCUCAUCGAGGAGACCAGCUCUAUCAAGGCCAUAGGCAAGUCCGGAAAGAAGGCCACGCCCGUCGAGGUCAAGGUGGAGGUUGAAAAGAGAACCGUUACCAAGCGGAAGUCGGCCGGGGGCGCUGAGGUCAAAAUCGAGGAGUUCCCUGCGGAGACCAAGAAACCCGCAGCCAAGAGGCGCAAAACCAAGGCUGAGAAGGAGGAAGAAAACAUGCCGCUGGCUGCGAGGACGGUAAUUACGUCGAUGAAGAGGGCGAUGUACAUUGGGGCACACGUCAGUGGUGCUGGCGGUGUCCACAACUCUGUACAAAACGCCGUCAACAUUGGCGCAAAUGCCUUUGCUGUCUUCCUAAAGUCCCAGAGGAAGUGGGAGAGUCCGCCGCUGGCCGAUGAGCAUCGGGACGACUUCCACUCUAACCUGAAGCUGCACAAUUUCGAUGCCGCUAAACAUAUCUUACCGCACGGCUCUUAUCUGGUGAACCUGGCACAAGCAGAACCUGCGAAAGCAGACCAGGCAUACAAUAACUUCGUCGACGACCUCCAAAGAUGUGAGGCGCUUGGCAUCGGGCUCUACAACUUCCACCCCGGAUCGACGGGAGGCGAUACGAAGGAGGCGGCCAUUGCCAGGAUAGCAGCGCAAUUGAACAGAUCACACAGGGCUACGAAGACGGCCAUCACCGUGGUCGAGAACAUGUGUGGCAGCGGCAACGUCAUUGGCUCCAAGUUUGAGGAGCUUCGAGACAUCAUCAGCCAGGUCGAGGACAAGAGUCGAGUCGGAGUAUGCAUCGAUACCUGCCACGCCUUUGCCGCGGGGUACGAUAUGCGUACUCCAGAAGCCUUCGCCGAAACGAUGCGGACGUUUGAUGAAAUUGUCGGACUGACCUAUCUCAAGGCUUUCCACUUAAAUGAUAGCAAGGCACCGUUGGCCUCGCAUCGCGACCUCCAUGCUAACAUUGGUACUGGAUUCCUUGGCCUGCGAGCCUUCCAUAGCAUCAUGAACUACGAGCCGUUCCAGCACCUACCAAUGGUUCUCGAGACACCGAUAGAUUCAAAGGGUCCUGACGGGAAAACCUUUGAGAACAAGCAGAUCUGGGCAGACGAGAUCAAGCUACUGGAGAGUUUGAUCGGCAUGGAUCCCGAGUCCGUCGAGUUCCAGGCCAAGGAGCAGGAUCUCCAGGCCAAGGGCGCUACUGAGCGGGAAAGAAUCCAGGAUCAGGUUGACAGGAAGACAGAGAAAGAUGCGAAGAAGAGAGCUACCAAGGCCAAAAGGAAAGGGCGGAAGAAAUCCAAGGCAUCCGAUCUGGACUCUGGCGAGAGCGAUUGAUUGUCUGAAUUGCAGCUGGGGGAAACGUCAGAUUAUAUCCCGUUUGAAUUCAUUUUAGAGGUGGGCGAGCAAAAUGGACAAAAAUAGCACUCACGUCUUACCGUAUUGAUCUUCCGCUAGCGCCGAGCGCAAGCACGAAACAGGAACAAGGAAUUGGGCCCUCUUUGUUUGCAUGAGGGGGCGACUUCUAACUUGCAACCUUGGAAAUAGCAAAACGCACUGAAAAUCCGGUGAUCAGUUCAUCCUUGGUGGGCCAACAGAUGGGAACUUGGAAGGCUACCCAUUGGAAGAGUCGAGGCCCGAUCUUGGCUUCUAUCCCAGCUGGGCAAGGUUAGGGAGGAAUACGCCACUGAGCGGCCGCACCAAAUUUGCAUGAAGCUGAUCUCUGGGCUGGAAUUGCCCCAUUUGC